UAUGUUCUCUGUUAACCUCCAAUGUACGUUUUUAUAUAUAAAUAAAUAAAUAACAAAAUAAAUUAUCAACCAGAGAAAACGAACAUACCUCAACAGUAAAAGGAGCGAUAGUCGGACCCGACGCCGCCAACACAACAGCCAUCACCAGCAAGGCGCUGGAGUGCCCAGAUCUACACACGUUUAUGUGUUGGGGCCGCUUCUCUAUCUACACCAUAACACGACAAACACUUUUGAAACCUUGGCAUUCUCAACAUUUGUACUCGUGCAGUCAUCGGGAGGAUAAACACUUUGAGCACACUGCACACACCAAGAAGAGAAGACCGACACAACUUUGUCUUGCUAAAUCAUAAACAGGAGGAAUACUGCAGUAAUCUAACCAGAAUUUACCUGAGGGUCACUAACAUUAGUGGCCUCGACGAGGACGGGAAGCCGGUGGCUUGUCGAGAGACCCCCCCCCACAUUUGCCUUGAUAAUCUUUUUCCAGGUUGAUUUUGAAAUUCAAGUCUUGGCAUUUCCAUAUUUGCGUGGUAUUUACAUAAGUUAUCUUCAUGCUGAUCUUAUACCAAUUAUUCUGCCCUGAGCAUGGUAUCCGCACUUUUCUAAAGGAUGGACAAAUAUACGAAAGUCUAAAAACCUACUGAGCAGGAAUGUUGUGUCCUGGAUAGGUACCUCUCCCAGGAUAGCUUGCAGUCAUUGACAAGUGGGUUUAAGAUCUGACAAAAGUUUAACUAGUGUAUGCCACUGCUACUUAUUUUUUAGGCAAACUAUACCUAACCAAAUUUUCACUAUACCUAAUGAAAAUAAGAGAUAAAGGUUUGUGUUUUAUAUAUCAGCAGUCCCCAUGGCACAGUGGUAACACACUUGCCCCGCAUUUCAUGAGCAGUUUGGCCCAGAUUUGUAUCCUGGCCAGUGAGGAUUGACUAGGUGCCAAUCCUUAACUGUACGCCUCUGUUCACCCAGCAGUGACUGGGUACCUUGUUAAACGAUUGGUGGGUCGAAUUCCAGGGAAAAUUAAGAUUAAUGACCUGCCCAAAAUGCUAUGCAUGUAAGUGGCUUUGCAAGAAUGUAUGUACUGUACCUUGUAUGUAAUCAAUAAAAAAUAAUAUAUAUGUUAUUGUAAAUAAAAAGAAUGAUGACCUGCUUGUCUAAUUAGCACUGAUGUGGCACCGUGAAAAGUCUCUGAUCAUUACCACAGGGUCAGAAAACCUUCAUGCAAACUGUACAUAUCGUAAAGAAGAAUAACGAAGAGUGCACUUAUUGAACUGCACGUAUCGUAAAGAAAAUCACUCAAGUCCAGCCAAACACUAACUAGAAAAGAUGUAUCGAUGGGUUUCACUUCAAAAUUUAUUGAUCAUAUUUGCAGCAACUUUGAUCUACACUGUGAGAUUACUUGAGAGGCAGAAUGAGAUGGGACUACCCUUUAAAAGGCUUGUUAUUGGCAUUAUAUCAGCAAGGAAUCAUUUCAUGUAUCGAAAUGCUAUACGCAAGACCUUGGGUUUGUUGGUGCAAGAUAUGCCAGAUGUGGAGCUCAUAUUUGUCCUCGGAGAUAAAGAAUGUCCAAUACAUCCAGCAGAUCGUUUGUCCCCUUACACUUGUCACAGAUGGAACAUAACUGAAGAUUCUGAAAGCUCUCACAUACAGACUUUCUUCAAGAGCAAUAAUGUGUUAGUUAAUAAUGUUUCAACGAACUAUGAAUGCAAUAUUGGACUGGGAAUUAGAAUUCUACAUCCUAUAAUAUUGGAAGAAGUUAGUGUUCGGACAAAUCUUUUGAAAAAUACCAAAGAGAUUGUUGUUGUUCUUGAAGAUCCUGAGGAAGUAAUUGAUAGUGUGAAGUUAACACACAAAACUUGUUCUGAAGAAAAUGGCUAUUGCAGCAUCAAGCUGUCUCCUCCCUUGAUUCUUCCAAAGGGAUUUGAGGGAGAGUUGAGAGUGCACAGGGAAGGGAUGGAUGAUAUAAACUUGUGUGGUGAAGAUUUGUUUCUUCUCCAGCCUAAGACAAAGUGGGUCUGUGAGUGGCUUAACAUCUCAGUUAUUGAAUUCAAAUUUGUUCGAACAAGAAAGGGCUUUUUGACUAAAUGGAGAGAAAACUCCUGUACUCUGGUGUCAGCAAAAUUUCAUGUUGCAGAUAAAAAUAUCUUGAUGGUUCAUAAAAAGGGGCAACAAAUGAGGGCAAAGAAGUGGAAGAAUCACCUUUAUUCUUUGCAGAAAAAGAUUGAAGAAGAAAAAGAAAGAAACAAUGACAUGCUCAUGUUACCUCUCAUGGACAUAUACUCAAACCUACCUCACAAAGUUAGAGGAUUUUUAAAUUGGGUAACUAGCAAGUAUAAUGCUUCAUAUAUAAUGAAGAUAGAUGAUGACACCAUUUUAAAUAUCCAUCACCUGGAAACAUUUGUUAAUGAUGAGAGUAACACUGCUCCUUCAUUGUGGUCCCAGUUUCACUAUCAUCGUUCUGUGCCUGUGUAUGGGAAAUGGGCUGACACAGAUUAUCCCUCUCCAACAUACCCAACAUUUCCUUCAGGUGCAGGAUAUCUCAUGACAGGAUCUCUUGCACGCACUCUAACUGCUGCAGUGUCAUACCUGACUACUUAUGGGGGUGAAGAUGUCAGUAUGGGCAUUUGGGUAUCCUUAGUAGCUGGAAAUGCCAAGAUGGUAGACGUUCCCUGUUGGCUGCCUCAUCCUCGCUGCUCUCAUGCUGUUCUUAUACCACAGUUAUCAGUGUCUAAGAUGACAACAGUUUGGGAUAGAAUACAUGCUGAUUGAAAUUUAUUUUAUUCCAGUGAAAAAUAAUGCAAGUAGCACAAUAUUGGAACUUUUUGCUAAUUAACCUCCGUGCUGCGCUACAUUUAUUGUGACAAUCUGGUGAUGUGCCAAAAAUAAAGUGUUACCCCAAAA